GCUUGACCACACGAGCCUCCAUUUCCACCAUCACCACAGACGACUCCACCCCCGCCUCGGCUUUGGACAAGAACGGGGACGUUCCGCUCAUCAGCACCAGCCAGAGCUCAACCAGCCUGGGCACGACGGAGAUGCCGUUCAGAACGAUGGAAGGCACUUUGCUGAGGCGCGGCGGAGGGAUACCUUUGACCGGGACGACACUUGUUUACCCAGAAGCUGCUGGACUAAUGGGCUUGUACGGGGUGGGUGGGCAGAACUAUGUGCCACACAUAGUGAUGCCCCUCCCUGGAGGGGCGGGGCUAUAUGAAAGAGGGUGGGGCUUGGGGAAUGGGAAGGUUGGCCAAGCGAACUCUGAAAAGGCAGGCGCGGAUUCGUUGACAAAUCGUAUGGGCGAUUUCCUGCAGCACCGUCUAGCCCUGGUGACCUCUGACCCCAUGCAGCCACCAUACGACUCGCUGCAGACGUACGGAUUGGAGGGGGGUGGCUCACAGGCCACGUCUCUCAGCUCGCUCGAAAGCGAGGCCGAAAAAGAUACAGAGGGACAGAAACACAGAUUUGAGGAGUGGGGACCCAAGUUCGACAGGUUGCUUGAUAUUUUCAGGGAGCGAGCGAAAGAAAAAGAGGAUAACGAAAAACACCAGGGUGAGUGUUUAAAAGGAGAACAUCUGGAAGAGGAGGAAAUGAACAAGACAGAAGAUGAGAGUGAGACAGAAAUGAGAAAAGAGGAUGAAAAAACUGAUCUGAACGAGACACAGCGGGCCGAGGAGGAAUAGACUGAAGAAUUGGAAGCAAUGCACUAAAGAGGAAAUGGGAGUAAUGAGGGAGGAUGUGAUGUCACAUCGUGAGCUUUCAAAAGCAAUAAGUGCUGAAAGGAGCCAAUGAGCACAAUCUGGACAAAGAUAAUUUUAUAUGGACCUGCCAAAAACCAGUAUGUCAGUGUUUUAGAGGAGCAGAGAGUCUUAUGUAAGUCACUCGCGUUCAUUUGACGUCCAGCCACACACACAGUGCUUACGUUGUAAAAUACAAACGUCAUCUUUAUCUAAAUCUUUUACUUACUUCUCAGAUUUUCAAUGUGGUCUCAGACUUUUAUAGCCAGGAAUAACAUGGUGAUCAGAUGACCAGUUGUUAUGGUCUCACGAUGUGAAAAAGAUGACAGACAUUGCUUUCUUACAAUCUGCUUGAUUGAUUUAAUCAACAGUAUCUGAUUAUUUAUCAAAUAUCAGA